AUGAAUAACUCAUAUGACAAGUAUAACUACUCAAGUAGUAUCUUUAACAGUCCCGGGAAGUCAUCCAUGUUAAGCACAUCUUCGCAAAAUUUAAGCGGCAGUUAUGGCUACAGCAAUCUGACUCAACAAAAUGAGAUGAUAACUAUCAUCCUAGAGCAAGAGCAUGAAGAUGGGGAAAGGAAAGCGGAGGGAAACAAACGAACCAAUUUAAAUGAAGAAAUAAAGAGGCUAAAAAAUUUCUACAAGGGGGUCAACUCCCCCAAUUUCCCACUGAAGAAACUGGGAAAAAUGGACAGGAGCAUUUCUAGCUUGAAUGAUGAAAAUGACGAUGAGGACAUUUUCUACAAUAGCAAUAGUUUGUAUAUGAAUUUGCUCAGCGGAGGAGAGGAGGGAGAACUCCCUUGUGAGGAAGGAGAAGUCAGACACGAGGAGGGCAACUCCCGAGGUGAAGAAGACAGUGUCCUCUUUAACCAAGUAUACACUAGAGCAAAAACCAAAACGCAGGAAGAGAGCGAACAAGCUCUUCGCGGAAGAAAUGCGCUAGAGGAGAAUCUCUUCUAUGACUGCAUAGCGGAAAAGGAGAGUGUGUACAAUAAAGAUGGCAACAGGAAAGCGAAGAAGUGCCAUAGAGAGGACCAGCAGGGGGAAGGGGAAGCCCCUGUGUGGUCACUGCAAAAGAUAAGGAACCAAAACGAAGAUGAAAAGAAAAACUUUUAUCUACAAAAAUGUAGAGAUCAAAUGAGCGAGAAAAAAGAGCAUAAGAUGAAGCAGCCCCUCUCGUUAUUGAAGAGGAGGGAGGAUGGAAAAAGGGAUGAGGACAACGAUAGUGAUAACCACCACCAAGUUAAGGAGGAGGAAGAGGUAGAGGAGAAAUACAAAUUGCAUGACAGGGUGAACGAACUCAGCGGGGGUAGAAACAAUCGCAGUGAUUAUGACAGUCGUGAUACAAGCACAGUUAACCCUUCGCAGAGCAGAAAACGUGGGGAGGAAGAAGGAGAGGGACACUAUCCCCAGCGUAAGAGCGACAUGAGAGACCCCACAGUGCAGCGUGUGAGUAGCAAAGAGGAAGACAUAACCCCCCAAGGUAAUCUAUCAAAUAGAAAGAGAGAAAAAAUGUCAAACGUGUCCAAAUUGGCUGAUUCACAAAAGGGAGAUAACUGCACGAAAAGAGAGUCGGUUCCCAGGGAGGACUACUCCAGUAAGAGCAUAAACUACAUCAUUCAGGAAAUAAAAAAGGAAGAAUCGAAGGAGAAAAACUUCACCAUGGAUUCAUAUGGAACUGUGUACCUGUCCAUAUGCACGAAAGUUUUGGAAAAAGACGUCGAUUAUUUUUUAACAUCCAGAAUAUUACCUAAUGAGGAACUAUUAAAUGAAAAAAAAUAAAUGUCAGUCGGUUCGUUCGAUGGCAAGUCUAGAAAAAGCUGCUCGCUAAGCAGGGACUACGAAAUUGAAAGAAGCACCAAUUACAACUCGCAUGACGAGAUUAAAAGCUUCGAGAGUAGGCCCGCCGACAGUUCGGAGUACAAAAACUUGGGAAGCUUCUCCAAUUUAAUAAACGACCAGAAUAUUAAGAAGAUUUUGCUCGACGUGGAUGACAGUAAAGACAUAAGUCACUUGGAAAAAAAGUACAAAUAUAUUUACAAAGAUCUGGUGAAGCUAAAAAGUCUGCUGCUAAAAAAAAGGCAUUAUAAAAACAUACUCUUCGAAUAUCAAAAAAAAUUCGUUCAAAAUAACAACAGGUGCGUAAAAACGUACAGAGAUAUAUACCCCGUGGAGAAGGAAUAUAAAAUUUACACCCAAAUUAAGAAGGAAACGGGGGAUGUCAUUCACAGCAUUAAUGCCAAUUAUAAGAAGCAUUACUUGAAUGGCUGA